UUCCUGACCUAGCAGUUGUUACCUUCUGAGAAGGUUCUUUGUUUAAAUCUCCCUUUGAUUAAAUACAUAACAAGUCAUGUAAAUGUUGUCUUCUUGUUUACCUUUACAUCCUUAUUGUAUGUCCACUGGAAAUGCCGGAAGCAACUAAACGAGCGCAAUGUCACCAUUAUUCAGUUACUUCCUCAUUUCUAUAAUAUUGGGUUAGUGGUGUCCAGUGGGCUGCAUUUGAACUGCGCUUAUGUUGAGUAGCAUCAACACCUGGGAAAACAAGCAACAGAAACCAGUUUAUUCAGUGGCUCACUGGCUAAAAGAGCGAAUUGACGCUCUCUUAGCUGCCUACGCAGCUCGGGCCUCAGCUGUUUUGCUGCUGCUGCUGCCGCUUUGGUUUUUGUCUAUCUGCUGAAACUUAAAAUUUUGCACAUUUGCCCGCUGAGUUGGUUUCGGCCGUUUGAACUCACAACAACGUGUCGCGAGUGCAUAUUCAAUCCAAAGUAUAAGUUUUUGAGAGUGAAUAAUACCUAGUAAAUGCCAUGUACGCGAAGUUUGAUAAUUGAGAGAAAAAAAUAAAAGAAAUAGUCAAUAAAAAUCAGAAAUAGAUGCGAUUUAAACUUGUUGACCUGGUUACGAUUUAAUUAAAUGAGAUAUGGAAUUUUCUGUGUUUUUGUUGCUUUUCCUACCACUUCUGAGCAGCUUUUGCUGUGUGUCCACGAUGAAUGAUGCAACAGCGUCAACGACGAGGCUUCGCAAAAAUGCAACAGAGACAAGAGCUCAAUCGGAGGCAUUUAACGAAAACAGUAGUCGUGUUAGUGGUUCCCGCGGCCACAAAUCUCGUACUGUUGCACAAUAUAAGCUGCCGCUCUAUGCCACAGAGACGGCGCCGGACAGCAGAGAUACCACGGCCAGAUCACAGUCCAUGCGCAGGCGCACCCAGGUGGUUAUGCGGCGCAGACCAACUACCACAUCAACAACAACAACAACAACGACGACGACGACAACUUCAACAACGCCCCGUCCAGUGUUGGCGAAUGGAUUCAAUUUCUUCCAUCCCAGUUUCUGGAGCUUUGGUCAGCAGAGCCUUGUGCCAGUGAGUUCGCCCACAAAACAGCCCCACCCACCCAAGAAGUUUACGCACUCCACAGCAACUGGCUCCAAGGAGGAGAAGUCCACGUACCGCCGGCAACAAAAGACCACACCAAAACCAAGGCGCAAGGCUAAUACCACAAUGGCAACAAGCACCACUGAGGGACCAUUCCGCUUAGCGUUGCCAACGCUUAAUUUCCCUAGCACCGCGGCUGGCGCUAGCGAUAAGGAGAAGGAUAAACGAGCUGCCGCUGAUCUGCGACAGCGUUUCAAUUGUCCGCGUGAGAACGAGGUACGCUUCCAGCUGUUUCCGAAAAUCUGCAAGUCCGAUAAGGACUGUUUGGUCUGGCAACGGGAUGAGAUCUGUUGCGACAUCUUUGGCUCCAGCAGUUGCGUCGCGGGCAUUGCCAAGCCACUCGAGGAGACGGAGCACGCACCCAUAUUGGGCCUGAUACCACGCAAGUGUCCGACGCGCCCGUUGGCUGAGCUGUGGUGGGAUGUGCAGGAGUGUCUCACUGACAUGGACUGCUGGCCGCGUGUUUGCUGCCCCGAUGGUCGCCGGCGCUACUGCCGCACAUCCCAGCCGGAAUUGGAGACGGUGCCGGUGCCAGUAAAGCGUUCGUUUGAUUACCUUACGGAGUACUUGGAGUGCACGGCACCGCCGCCGACCAUUUUUGAUCUGCAUCCAAAAGCUUGCACCUCCACGCUAGACUGCUUCCCCAACGUGUGCUGCCAGGAGGCGGGCUUGCGGCACUGUCGUCCACCCAAGAAGUCUGUGCUCACACUGAUGGCCAAUUUCCUGAACGUGGACUUUGUGAAGCGCUUAACACAGAAUAUUGUUAUCAAGUAGUUUCAGUUCAGUUAACGUACACACACGCACAUACACACAUGCACAUUCAUCUGCACCUAUGUACAUACAGACAUACACACAUAUAUACGUGUAAUCA